GGGCACCACGCCACACACACGCCAGGGCACCGCAUCACAGUCAGCACCCAGCGCCCCAGACAACAAUACCCACACCAGCAACAGUGACCUCUGCCUCCCACCACAGCAGCAGUGCUGACCUUUUCCUCUCACAGCAGAAGUGACCUCCCACAGCAGCAGUGACCUCCCACAGCAGCAGUGACCUCCCACAGCAGCAGACGACGCAGUCAUGGUUCACGUGGGACUUCUCUCACUGCUGGGGCUUACGGCCAUGUUCCUGGCAGGAACGGAGGCAAGGUGCAGCUCUGGUUCACAGAUCGAGUGUCACGCGAACAGUCAGUGCAUCGCCAUCACCUCUGUGUGCGACUCCGGAAAACAUUGUAACGACGGCUCCGACGAAGACCCCUACGUCUGUGAGACCUGGACGAGAACGAGCCAAGGGUGUGGCGCCGGAAGUGUGCGCUGUGGCUACAACUGUUGGAGCAUAGCUGAUGCAUGUACCAGGUCAGACUGUCGCUCCCAAGUAAAUCCUCGUAUGUGUGAGAUGGUGAGAACGGGUAAGCUGAACGUGCCGAAGAAAUUGCCAGAGGGGAUGAACAUGACCAGUGGGAUUGUGGCAGUGCUGACGACGUCCGUCAACACCUCGCUGAAGAACCAGAAGCGGGACUGUCCGAUGUUGUACACCCGGGUCGGCCAGCUCUGCCUGGCCCUCUUCUCCCCGGCCAAGGUGCCGUGGCCAGAAGCGAGACAGUUCUGCCGGUCCAUCUAUGGGGACUUGGUGAAGUUUGACAACUUAUCAGAUUUCGGACAUCUUGUGCUGUACAUGAGGAACUCUAGGCUGACAACUGAUUACUGGGUCGGUGGCCGUUUCGACUUGGAUACCAACGCUUGGUCGUGGACCGUGGACGAAUCUGUCAUGCCUUUAGGGACUCCCUACUGGGCUGUAAGGCACAGCAGCUCGUGUGUGCCGCGCCCCCCGCCCCACACUGACCCCUUCAGCAGUCCCUCCGCUGCCCUACCAGACGCCCCAUGCUUCUCCUACACCCAGGCGCCCGCCAAUCGUCAGGAGGGAUGGUAA